UAUUAGCUCCCCUCCAAUGCCCAGGCUCCAGUGUGGUCCUCCUGGCGCUCAUCCUUUUUAGCUGUCUUCUUUUUUUGUGUGUGUGUCUUUUUAGGGCCACACCCAUGGCAUAUGGAAGUUCCCAGGCUAGGGGUCGAAUUAGAGCUGUAUCUGCAGGGGCAACACCAUAGCUCAUGGCAACACCAGAUUCUUAACUCACUGAGUGACACCAGGGAUCGAACCCACAUCCUCAUGGAUACUAGUUGGGUUCAUUACUGCUAAGCCAUGACGGGAACUCCUUAGCCAUCUUCUUAACCCUCACUCCAGCCCAAGGAGCUUCUAAAUACAAGUUUCCCUUAGCACUUCCUGGCAAGCACAAAUAAAAAUAUAUUCGAGUACAUGGACGCUGUUGAGCAGCUUUCCCCAGUUCUAGGCAGAGAAGAAGAAGAAUUCUGGAAUUGUUUCAUCACACAUAGGGCUUUAAAAAAAAAUCCCCCUUAAAGACAUGCUCAAUGCACACAGGAGGCCUCCUGCUGACAUUCCUAUAUCAGUCUUGGAUUCUGGUCAAGACCAGACAUUAGGGCCUCAGUUGAUGGCCCAGACUCAGGAAGGACCAGCAUGAAAGGAACAGAAUUCAAACCCUCCUUGAAAAGUAAACAAGCUCCCCCCACUCCCCCCCCCACAAAAACCAAAAACCACAGCAAAACCACACCACACCCAUGCAGGAAGAAUCACACCCAUGCUAGAAGGUACGUGCACACACACACCCCGAAGAGCAUCUGUCUGACCUGCUGGCUCAAUAGGAGGCUGGGCCCUAUUGAGAAAAUGUGGGAAUAUGGGAGCCGGGGCAUUUUCUGAGGUUUGGCAAAGAAAAACAGGAAUGCAACAUGACUUGAGACACUGGAAACUUGCUACACAUCUCUUAACUGAACCAAUCCUGCUAAAUGAUUUGGGUUCCAAUCGAGGUCUGCCUUUAGAAAAGAAUUAUGUAUCCUGUUUAGGAUGCCUCACUUCAGAUCAAGCUUGGUUAAGUUCAUCCUGCACAAAGGAGAUCCUUUAUGAGCUCUCAAGAAAUAAUCCUGAUUCAGGAAUCGGCCAUAGUAUUAAUAUGUGACACAGAUGCACAUUUUUUUCAAAGGCAAAAUCGUGUUUUAGGGAGAGGAAAAAAAAAGUUGAGUUUGAUUUGGUAGACCUGGGCCUUGUCACAUUAUCUGUAAAUAGGGUUUUUUAAAAAACUGUGGUGAAAGGCACAAAACAUAAAUCUACCAUUUUAACCAUUUUAAAGUAUUGUAUAUGGACUCCUGGCCAUAAGGCCUCUAUCUUUCACCAGAUGACAAAUAAGGCCAGCCAGUCCAAACAAGGAGACCUGUUUAUUUGGCAAACUGAAUUUUCAAGCAAUUUGCAUCUCUGCUUUCUGGAAUGACAAUUGCUAUUUUCAGAGAUCCCAAGAGGAAUUAAAAUUGUUUCUAAUUUCCUGUAUUACAAUUUCUCUAAUGUUCCUUGAACAAUUUGAACACCAUCAGCCACCAGCACAGACAUAGUGGUCUAAUUCAGAGAAAGGCUGAGAGUGGCAUGCCACUCUAAAAUUACUGCAGGUAAUUGAAGGCUUGGGUAAAUGAAUAAAAUAGCAACAUCAUCCUUGUUGCAAAGACCACAGAGUAAGAUGGUUUAAAGGACUGAUAAAUCCUGAGUUACAGGUUCAAAUCCAUUGCUAGGGAGUGGGUAAAAUUUCUGACAUUUUGUCUGUACCUUUUUUGGAGGGCUGGGGGGUGGCUGUGCCUGGGGCAUGUGGAAGUUCAAGUCCAGGGAUUGAACCUGAGCCAUGGCAGUGACAACGUGAAAUCCUUAACCACUAGGCCACCAGGGAAUUUCCCUAUCAGUCCCUCCUUGAUGUUUAGUGAACUCUAGGGCUGGGUAUCCAACAUGGGGCUUCCUUCUUGGUCUUCUCAGCUCAGAGGCUGAAAGACCCAGGGGAGUUGCAGUAGAGACCUCAAGAAAGGAUGCUCCUUCCUUUUUCUAUCUCAGGAACAAGCCCUUUGGAGAAGGCAAGGGGAAAAGGAACCAAGCCCUCCUGUUCAGAGAGAUCCUAUCAACACUGCAAUCCCCAGAGAUGCUGAAAGUUUUGGAGGAAACCAAUAUCACCACUUCUAAAAUAAACUGUACUCAUACGAUGACACACAAGCAUAUCACGGUUCCCUGCUUAUGAAUGUUUUUACAUAAUAAUUCCUUUGUAGCUGCCCAGCUGUAGUUGUUUUCCACAGCUGCUGGAAUAAAUUACCAUAAACCCGAGGGCUUAAAAUGACAGAAGUUUAUUCUUAUAGUUCUGGAAGCCAUAAUCCAAAAUCAGUAUCACUGGACCAAGAUCAAAGCACCAGCAGGACCACCAUCCCUCCAGAGGCUCCAGGCAAGAAUCAAUCCCUUGCCUCUACCAGCCCCGGUGGCUGCCAGCAUCCCCUGGGUUGUGGCUGCAUCACUGCAAUCUUCAAAACUUUCCGCUGAGAUCUGGCCAUCUCCUCUUGUUGGCGUGGAACUUUCCUCUGUCUCCUUCUUAUAAGGACACUAGGGAUGGCAUUUAGGACCCAUCUGAUAAAGCAGGAAAAUCUUCCCAUCUCCAGAUCCUUCACUUCAUCACAUGUACAAGGCCCCUUUUUCCAAAUAAAGUCACACUUCCAGGUUCCAGAAUUAGGACUUGCUAUCUUUGGGGGCCAUAAAGAGCCUCCAGCACCAGGUAAGGCAGGUAGAAUCAUCCCCCAUUUAGCAGAGGAGGAAUCUCAAGUGCAAGUGAAGUGAAGUGACUCGCUUAACAUGAAACACAAGAUGAUAUUCUGCUACUGACCGAUCACCAAAAUAACAAAAUUCUACUGGACCAGGGGAUAAAUAAUGCUGUGUAGUCUGGAAGCAGGGCCAGGCAGACAUAAGAGUGGGGGUGGUAGCAGCAAAUAGGGUAGGGUUGCUGGUGGGGCUGCCUGGGGCUGAGGCAGACUGCCCCGCUCAGGCCACGUGGUAGGUGCUGGCGCUCAGGUAUGAAGUCGGCUGAGAUGUGCCCAGCCUGCUGCAGCAAAGCACCGGGUCCUGGGUCCCAGGGACUAUGAUUUCAUGAGAAAGGUGCAGCAAGAGUGUGAUGAAGUUCUCUGAGGUCAAAUCAAGGCCCACACCGGAGCAUUGCUGCGAUAACAAGGACCACACCAAACCAAAGAUCCUACCAACAACCUCCCAAAACUGAAACAUUAUUGGGAAGUUAUUGGUAUAAUUUCAAGAGUGACUUGUGCCACAAUCCAUAUCACUUGGAAGGCAAUUUUAUGAUAGGCUCUUUAUAAUUUACUUAGAGAAUAAUCUUUUUUUAAAGUUUUGGCGCCUAUACCAUAUUUCGGUUACUGAGGUGAUCACUAGAGGUUUUUUAACAUUUACUAUCACCGUAACCCUAAGUGACAGAACUCUUAGCAGGAUUCCAGGCUCCAGAAGAGGAAACACUUGCUGACGUAUUUCUUCAAGUGUGUCUGAUGUUCUUCCUGCAUCUGUUGGCUACCUUCAGGCACGUUCUCUCUGAGGUCUCUUAGCUCCCUGCCUGCUCCCAUCAUUCUGGAAUCCACCAAACUGCGAAGUCCUGUCUCUACCUCUCACAGAGUCAACCACAAGGCAAAGAGCUCUUGUCAACCACCGCUGGCCAAAGAACAACACAAGCAGAACAGCAGUGCAUUGAAAAGGCCAGCUAGGAGCCUGGGCUCUGGACCGACAGACUUUGGAGUAGGGCAGAGCUGCCCUAGUCUAGCUUUGUGAUACUGGUCAAGUUAGUUAGUCCUCCAAGUCUCAGUUUCUCCCUCUGGUCAAUGGGUCUACCUCAAAGAGUUCCCCAUGGGAAAAAUGAAAAAACCCAUGUCAAAUGCACCAAAAGGUUCUCGGUGGUUAUUUCCAAGUUGUCUGAGUUUGCUGCCUUUGAACUUUUUGACAUUCUUCCUGUAACCAUGAGCAUAUACAUUUAAAACAACAAAGCUGCUUUAAGGAGAAAAAAAGGGAAGGAAGCAUCAUGCAGGGUGCAAACCUUAUAGUCUGGGUGAAGCUACGCCCAACUCAGCACAUGGCCCUGACCCCUGACCCACUGAUCUUUUUGUAAAAACAACAGCCACAGUGCCUGAGCCCAGCCUAUAGAAGUGGGUUCAUCUCACUGCUACAACAGUAUCAUUGCCUUUUUACAAAAGAGUUAACCAAAGCCUAGAAAAGUCAGAAAAUUUGGCCAAGGCCAUAGAGGCAGGAUUUGAACCCAGCCUGGGGACGUUAAUCACUGGUGCCAAUCAGCUUUGGGACCAAGAUAUGCCCUCCCACUGUCCCUUCCCUGCCACCUUCAGGGAAGUGCAGGGACCUUGCUCUUGGCUGUUUUCCUCUGACAAUGAUUUACUAAUGAGACCUCCUGGCCUGAUGGCUGAUGGGGCUGCCACUUGGAAGCACCGCAAAAGGGUCCUCCCUGAAGGUAGGGAGAGUGAGCGAGGCUUGAGUGCCAUCCCCCAAGCCACGUCCCAGGAGAUCUGCCCCAUUCACAGGGCUCUGGACUCCUCUGGGUGCUGCUGGCGAAUGGUGAUGGCCCAAAGGAGCAGGGCAAUCCCUGGACUUGGACUCGGGGAUGCAGAUGCUACUCUUGGCUCUGCCACUCAAUAGUCACCCAGCCUGAGGAAAGCUACCCUUUCUCCUGGGAUCUGUGAACCAAGAGGACUUCUGAGCCUCACAUUCUCCAAGUGUCUCAGCUCCUGAGAUAAAAAGCUCCGUGCUUGAAGUUCCUAUUGUGGCUCAGCAAUAACAAACCCAACUAGGAUCCAUGAGGAUGAGGAUUCGAUCCCUGGCCUCGCUCAGUGGGUUUAGGCUCUGGCGUUGUGUGUGCUGUGGUGUAGGUCGCAGAUGCAGCUCAGAUCCCGAGUUGCUGUGGCUGCAGUGUGGGCCAGUAGUUGUGGCUCUGAUUCGACCCCUAGCCUGGGAACCUUCAUAUGCCACGAGUGUGGCUUUCAAAAACAAACAAACAAAAAAACCACCUAGUUUUCAAAAAACAGCAUCCAUGAGCAGUAAAAAUAAAUUCCCAUUUUUGGUGGGAAAUGCCUGAGCUCCAUCUCAUCCCUCUACAGGCCCCCUAACUUGGGUAUUUUUAUUCCCCUCAAAAUAACCUUUUCAAAAGGUCUCUGUAAACCAGCGCACUGGCCUUUCUGUGCAGAGGAUGCUCUAAUGCUCAGCAGGGAGUUGCCAUUAGCGGGCACCACUGCAGACCUUAGACAGACCCCUAGGAAGAUUAAAUAUCACAGAAGCACAGAGCACGCGUUUAACUGAGGGAUGCCAGGCGUCAUGAGACCCCACUCCUCACAGAGACUCUUGGCCUGGGUCGGGGAGCUGUGACCCACCAGGCAGUUCUUUAUAACUUUCUGAUUAAAGCUGAUGUGAACCAAGAGACAUUUAUGGGCCAAGAACCAAGAAGAAAAAAGAUGACUUAAAAAAAACACCUGAUUUGUGUUUGAUUAUCAUGGUAUAAUUCAGGUCUAAAUCCACCUGAGCUGAGGCUGCUGUAACAAGUUACUGCCAAGGUGAUGGCUUCAAACGUUAGCAAUUUCAUCUCUCACAGUGCUGGGGUCUGAACUCAAGGUGCCGUAGGGCUUUUGGGGAAAAAAAUCCCCCUGAAGGUUCUUGGGGACAGUCCUUCCUUGCGUCUUCGUCUGCCAGCUCCCACUGGCUCCUGCCGUCCUUGGCUUGUGGAAGCAGCACACCAGUCUCUGCUUCUGUCUUCACAUGGAUCCCACCCUCUGUGUUUCUCUGGGUAUACAUCGCCCUCGCUUUUCUCAUAAAGACACCAGUUACUGCUCCUAAAUCUAGGGUAAUAUCAUUUUGAGAUUCUUAACUAAUGAAAUCCACAAAGUCCCUACUUCCAGCCCAGGUCCUGUUCUGAGAUGCUAGGUGAACCUGAAUUUGGGGCAAGGUGGAGGGACACUCAAACCAACUCAGAACAAUAUCUUGAUGGUCUGGCAAGCCUCACAUGUGUUCAGGACUGGGCAGGGGUGGUACUCAGAUCUUCUAUCUGUCCUUCUGAUCUAGUCCAAGCCUACAGCUUUACAGGUGAUGGAACUUUGGCUCAAAGAACAACAGAGUAUUGACCAGGGUUAUACAACUAGGUAGUGCUGCCAGAGACGAGAAUAAAGAUAGAAGAGAAUAUAGAGAUGGGGUGGGAUGUGGGGUGGCAAUGGGGUGGGAGGAGAUGAAAAUACAAUUAUUUCUUUACUUGUGGGAGAAGAGAGAAGAGCAUCUUUACAUUUGAAACCACUGUCUAAAGAGGGUCUUGGUGGGGAAAAAAUGACAACUGGCUUACAAGAGAGACAAUUCAGGAGCCUUGGAAGAAUCAGUACCAUUCUGAGAUCAAUGUGCAGGGUUUGCCUUUUAUUUAUUUAUUUUUUGGCCAAAGGAAUGAGAGCUCCUCUCACUGGGCAAAAGCCUCCCCAGAUGGGUCCCUGAAACAUCGUGCGUACAGAUGCCUGCUGGUUGCCAUGGUGAAUGAUGCUGAUCUGAAGAAAUGAAUAACGUGAGCGUUGGGGGCGACAGUGGGAUUACUCAGACAGUGGCAAGCGAGACAUCAAGGAGAGCCCAGAGCAGAGGAGGGAAGAGGGCACCAGCCUUCAGCCUUGGUCCACUGUGCCUCUGAGGGCUGCGUUCUACCCGGAUCCACUGUGUGCGUCAGGUAAGGGAUGGCUCCUCUUGGAAAUGGAAAUGGCUUUUCCUUUAAUACUCUGUCUGGAAUAGGGCCAGGCCAUGAUAAUAUCAAUAGCUAAAAAUAGGGGGGAUUCAGAAACAGAAGCAGAGGAAGAAAAAUAAAGAAGGGAGACAUUUGUUCCUAAAAGCUGUGCAUGCUGCAUCUUGCCAGAAAGCUCUUUAAAAUGUCUGCUGUAGAAAACUCAGUCCGCAAAGGCAGCCAGCACAGAUGUGAGGCAAACAGCAGAAAAGAUUCACGACAAGAAAUGUGAUUCCUGAUCCCUCCUGAUGGAAGGGUUUACGAGGGCUCUUGCCUCCGAAUCACAAAUAAUGAAUUCAGCUCUUUUCAUUGUGGUCCGAAGUGCAUUUACGGGGAUGUGUGGGGUGCUGGGGUGGGGUAGACGGGUGGGUAAGAGAAGGAGACCACGGAGAGAGUGCAGAUACGCUGUCUCCUCUGCAAAGACCCUCUGGAGGGAUCUCAGUGUACCUGUCUCAUCCGUCUUAUGCCCCAUGUUGCUGGGGAAAAAAAUUUCCAGCUAAAUGGAAAGGAAUCUUCCCCUUCCUGAGCAUUCCAGUUCACUGCCAUCCUUAGAGAAGAAAAACAAGGACUGUAAAAUCACUCACUGCCAUGCAUCUCCCUGCAGCCCACCUCCUCUAGGGGCACAGGCAAGGAAACAGGAGGUCGGAGGGAGGCAGGGAGGAGAGAAAGCGCUCGUAAAAGGCAUCGGUGUGGCUUCAUAUCCAGUUCAAGCUCAAAUCCGAUCGACUGUGUGAGACUCUGUUGCUGUGAUCUAAAAUGAAACCUUCUGUAUUUCACGUGAGAGAGGAAGGGCAGAGAAUAGAGCUGGUGAGACCUCCACGUGAACAUACACAGGUUGAACAUGGCUGGCCCAGAAUUUAGCUCAGGGGAAAUUCAGUCUCUGUCAAAUACACAGAAUUAAAAAGAAACGGAAAAGCCUGAAGAUGGCGCACUUAUCUGAAAGUGAGAGGGCCGGUAAUCUAAAGAGGACUCACCGAUUUGUUGGGAAAAACAGCAACCCAGUCUUAGUACCAGCACCUCACCAUGCAAUAACCUUCUGUUACUAAAUCUGGCCGCCUUGCACUGGGACAUCCAGCGGUUACGUGGCUUUGGGUCUUAUACUUGUUAGCUGAUUGCUCCUCUCAGAUGGCCCAUCUGUAAAAUGGGGACCUAGCUUAGAGGAUGUGAUGAAUUGAGGACACAUAUCGUUGUAUGUUGAGCUUCGAACAUGAUUUGUGACCCGGCAAUCGGUGGUUAACAUGCACAGUGUGGCGGGCAGUAGCACGCGGUAGCAGUUUAUGCCGGUAUGUGGAGCUAUGUUGACCCAGGAAACCAACUUCCUGGGUAAUGUGGUGUUGAAAAAAGCACGCAUAUGGACAAAACAUAAAGCAGAGGUUUUGGGGAGGAACCAGCUGCUCCUGAGUCACAAGCCGCUGAGUGAUGCCCGUCUCCUCUGGCCACGGGCUACAGACCUGGGAGGCGAAGCACCCCAAGGCCAGGAUGUUCUAGGUGAAUGAGGCACAGCAGUGAGACAAAAUCGGGAGGUCCAGAGGGAAAUUUUAGGUGAAACGGUUGCCUGACUUGGAGGUCAGAGACCCUCGGUGACUAACGGAGGGACUCUGAGGUUGUGCUUGUUUCUCCUUUCAUUGCCUUUCUUCUUCUUCUUUUUUUAAAAAGUUUAGGAACUAUGUUGUAUUUAAAGAAUAUGAGCCAGGGCAGGUUGCGGCUGGGGGCUAUGAGUGCAUCUUUAUUUAGGCCUGAAGGCCCCUGGCCUUGGCAUGAGACAGCCCUGAUUUGAACCAUGGUCCUGCCAUUUCUUAGCUAUGCCUCGCUGAGUGUUGUCACCUCUUGGCCUCCAUUUCUUUGUAAAACGAGGGGGGUUGGGCAACGUUAGCCCCCAUCUCAAAUGCUCAAUGCGUGGUGGCUACGACGAUCAUAAAUCAGUCCUUAAACAAGGGGGUGUCACUCUUGACUUUGAUUCUGGUUUCAGAAUCGAGAUGAACAUCGAGGUUGGGAACGUUUCUUAUACGGGAGCCAUCAUUUCCUGGUCGUCCUCGGAGCCCUGCCUGGAGGACUAUUACCAUAUUAUGUACAGGCCCAACUGGAACAGCAUCUUCUCUGGCUAUCUUCGCUACAGCUUCCACCACGAGGAGAAGGUGCCUCGAACAAUCAGCUCCGUGGUGCUGGAACACCUCACCCCUUCCACCCUCUACUUCCUGUGCAUCAGCUGCAAGAAGAUUCUCUUCCCCUACAGGCACUACUGCACCAUGUUCCACACCCUGGAUAAGAGUCCCCUGGCUGCUGGAAGCUCCCUGGUAGACCCCCAGCUCUCCCUGUGGGUGCUGAUGGCCAUUCUGCUGGCCUGCUUCACAGCCGUCUUAGCCUUCAUCUGCCUCCAGUUCUGGUGCAUCCGUUGCCAUGAGCCUCGAUGGUCGUACAGAGCCGGCCACAUGGAGGAAGCCAAUGGUCUGGUGAGAUGGCCAGAGGAUGCCCCAGCUCUGGGGCAGGGGGAGGAAGACCUGCAGGGGCUCCCCCUGGUGGAACUGCCACGCGACAACUCUGGAGCUGCAGCGGAAGCAGAAGGCCAAGCCCCUCCUGCAGCUGCUGAAGCUGAUCAGGAUGCCCCUGACAUGGGUGCCUUGCAGAGGGAGGCUGGUGAGCUUCCCGCCAACGUACUGCCUCAUUCUGGGGAGUGAGAAGUGGGGAGGAGGCAGCCCACAUCAGGUAGCUUAAAGCCCUCCACACAGUAGGUCUCCUGUAAAAAUGCCUCUGUAGACCACCCAAUUGUCUCCCUUCAAGUGUCAGUGCUCUCGUGGGUCACCUGGCUGGAUGAAUGCCCUUUGACAAAGCUUUUCAAGCUGGAAAACAUAUACCCCCCUGGUGUGCCAAGGGAGGAAACAUGGCAUCUCUGAGGACUGUCCAUUUGGGGGGUUGGUCAGGAAUCAAGGGCAUUAUUUUAAUAUUAAAACAAUCAUGAAUAUGUUAUGGUAUAGAAAGUAAAAUUUGCAUGACUUAAAUAAAACAAUACUUCAAGGAAAUUUUCGAGUUGAGGAGUUCUGUAGUUCUGCUUUCAAUCAGUCAGCUUAGGGGAAUUUCCAGUCUCCUCCACCGUUGGGGGGAGUUAUUUUUGAAAGACAUGAGAAGCUUUGCUCUAGAGUGUUUUCCAACUUUCAGCUAUCACACACUACCUUGUACCCCAUCUUCACUGUUUUUUGCCUUUUUUUUUUUUUUUUUGACUGCAUCUGUGGCAUUUGAAAGUUCCCGGGCCACUGAUCGAACCUGAAUCACAGCAGUGACGCAAGCCGCUGCAGUGGCAAUACCAUAUCCUUAACAUGCUUGGCCACAAGAGAACGCCCUAUCUUCACUUUCUUAAAGCCACAGACUAUCUUUCUA